AGAUGUGAGUUUAGAAAGGGAACGCCAUCAUUUCCUCCACAGAAGUCGUCCUGCAUUAUCACAAUCAUGAAGAGUCUAUUGAUCAUCGUUCUCAGUUUUGGUUUGGCCUCGGCCAAUCCUUUCUUGGCCAAAGUAAUGGAAUCCACCGAGUACUACAGUGUGACUGAUGACUCCGUCCAAUGCGACAGUGUGCCCGAGAAUCUAAUGGUGGGUCAACCCAUACUGGACACGUGUUCUGAGAGCCAACCUCAAACCCGAAUGUGCUUUUGUAUGAAGAAGCCAGAGGUGAUGAUCACCUUCAUGCGAGACAAUUUCCCCGAGAUGUUGAGCAAAUAUGACGAGACCACCGGAUUUAUGAACGUAUGUGGAACAUGCCAAGAUCCAUGCUCAUUGAAGUUUAUUCCGGAUGACAUGGCCGAGUUGGGUCAAAAAAUGGUGGGCCUCGCUUUCAAGCGAUUUGGCGGACUUUUUGGAGGUGGAAAUGGUGGUAACCCUAUGGCUUUAGUUCUUCGGGUUCUUCAGAUGGUUAUGGGUCAAGGCAACAACUCUUUGUAAGCCCGCGAGCUGCCUUGUUUCCGUUGAAUAAUCGAAUAAUUUGCACAGACAAAUUCAUCCCAAAAGUCAUGUUUAUUGGUCUUUCAAAAAUACCUCACCAUGUUCCAACUGCAUCCCAGUAAUCAAAUUUGGUGUUUCAUAUUAGAUA